AUGCCGCUUGUCAGACGACACACCAUCACCAUCCACCCAGGCGGCGAGAGUUCUCGCUCAACUUCUUAUCAUAGCGAAGGGGAAUCGUCUCGUCCCGAGGCUGAAUUCUCCGGAGCCGACGACGAAGGAGACUGGUACGACGAGGACGACGAGGACGACGAGGGCCUUCAACCUUCUGAUUCAGCUUCCGCUAGUAACGACCACCCACCUUCACGUCCCCGCGCUGCCGUAAGAACAACACCGCGCCGCCACCGGAUUGCCCGACCACAUCCCCAAGAUUAUCCUCCGGUGCCAUCACACGCACCGAUUCCGCCGCCCAGCGUGGAUCCAUCAGAGGAUUUUGGCCAUUACGGCCAUGGCUUCCAGCCUCAACAUGGUCCUCGCGGUGGCUACUAUGGUGGACGGAGCCAACACCCAGGCUACCAACAGCAGCAGGGCCAUUAUAUGGGGGGAUAUCCAGGCGGUAGUCAAAUGGUCCCCUAUGGUGGAUAUGGCCCGAACCCAUUCACACCUAUGAGUAACAGCACUAGCGGUGCUAGUUUUUUUGGAGGUGAACCAAGAAUGUAUGACAUGAUGCCAUAUCAGCAUCAACAGCCCGGGUACUAUCCGGGGCCACAGUACAACCUGCCUGCUCAGCUACAACAAUUUCAUCUCACUGCGCCUCCACCUCCCGCCACUGAAGCUCCUGCGCAGGCCCCAACCCCUCCUAAGGAACAGCCUCCAGAUCUGGAAAAGAUAAAACUCGAGGCGGAACUUGCUGCAUUUAAGGCGCACGAACAGAAGGCAAAGGCAGCCGCAGAACAACUUGAAAGGGAGGCUCAGAUUCGCAAGGAGGCCGAAGAGGCAUUUCAACGCAGGAUGGACGAUAUGAAGAAAGCACAGGAGGAGGCUCAGAAGGAGAUUCAGCGUGCCAGAGAAGAAGCCGAGCGCACUGCCAGGGAAAGAAUUGAGGCAGAGCGCAAAGCUGAGGAAGAGAGGCAAAAGGCUCAUGCUGAGGCCAUGAAGCGAGCCGAGGAGAAUGCGAGGAUGAAGUUUGAGGCUGAGCAGAAAGCUGCCGAGGAGCGCAGGCAGAGAGAAGAAGAAGACCGCAAAAGAGCUGAAGAAGCUGCCAACGCCCGACUGGAGGCUGCAAUAAGGGCUGAAGCUGCCGCACGGGAGGCUGCGGAGAAAAAGGUUGCCGAGGAGGCAGAGAGACUCAAGUUGGCGCAAGAGGAGGCCAGGCGCAAGGGAGAACUGGAAACACUAAAGAAAAUUGAGGAAGAAAGGGAGAAGGCGAAGAAGGCUGCUGAAGCCGCAGAGGCUGCUAAAAACGAGCAAGAGGCCCUGAAGAAACGUAUUGAGGAGGAAACUAAAGCAAGCGUACAAGCUGAAAUAAGGAAGAAGAUGGAAGAGGAGGCCGAGAAAGCGAAGAAGGCCGCCGAGGCUGAAGAAGCUGCCAAAGCCGAGCAAGAAGCUUUAAAGAAGCGUAUCGCUGAGGAAACCAAGGCCGCUUUGGAAGCAGAAUCAAAGAAGACUGAGAAAGCCCCUAUCAAAUUCAAGGACGCGGUGGGCAGAGACUUCAGAUUUCCCUUUCACCUCUGCUCCACAUGGCAGGGCAUGGAAACGCUCAUUAAGCAAGCAUUCGAACAAGUUGCUGUUCUCGGGCCACACGUUCAGCAGGGUCGUUAUGACCUGAUUGGCCCAGACGGGCAAAUAAUCCUACAUACCAUCUGGGACGAAACUAUUCAACCGGACUGGAGCAUCACAAUGACCAUGUGGCCCAUGGAUGCAAAUAAGCCGCCUGCACCAAGGAUACCAGAGAUGAAUAUCCCACCCAUGGGGGCCGGCAGACGACAUCCACACAAUCCCAUCCCAGUGCCACAGAUGGUACCUCCCCAAGGGCGCCGACCAGACAUGCCACCUGGUGUCGGUAUGCCACCACCGCCAGGUUGGCCGCCUGGCCCUCGACGAAGUGGUCCACCACCAAAUAUUAUAAACGUUGGGCCAGCACCAGGAGCACACGCAGCACGAUCUGGACCCUCCAGGCCUUCAAAACAUAAAUCAAAUCAAAACUCAAUGCUUAAGUUUCUCGCUGGUGGGCAAACUAAAAAGAGGUGA